AUGGUCAUGGGCGCCGGCGAGUGCCAGAUGGAGAUGCUCUGGAACUGGCGCAUCGUCGACUCGUGCAUCCUCGCGGGCUCCUGGCACAUCAAGAACAACGCCAUGUUCGCCGCAAGCUGCGUCGGCGCCGCCCUGCUGGUCGUUGCCCUCGAGUUCCUCCGCCGCCUGAGUUCCGAAUGGGAUGCCUUUCUCCUCCGGAAAUUCCAGCGCCAGCUGCGCAUCCAGCAGGGCGCUCUCGCCGGUGCGGCUCCGUCAAACUGCUGCGACGGCCCGGCCGCCACGCUCGGCACCCACUAUGCCACAUUUCGCGCGACGUCGCUCCAGCAGCUGGUGCGGGCGGUCAUCCACGGCAUCACGCUGGGCGUCGCAUACAUUCUCAUGUUGAUUGUCAUGUCCUUCAAUGGCUUCAUCUUCAUCUCCAUCAUCUUGGGCGCCAUUCUGGGCAAGUUUCUCUGCGAUUGGAUGGUCGUCCGAUUGCCGUUCGACGCCGUGGACAGGGAAGAGAAGGACGAGCGUAGGACGUCGGUCGCCGCUGCGGGGCCGACUGGGUGUUGCGCAUGA